AUGUACAUCCACAUUUGGCCCCCUGGACUUAUAAUCCUACUAGUCGGCGGGACUGUCGUGGUCAGUUCUGAGGGAGAAAGUCCGCCGCAGCGCUUCUGGGUAAAGGAGAACACUGCAGCAGAAACCGUCAUUGGGCAAAUUGCUCGACGUCCGGGUUCCGGCUUCGGGUCCCUCUCCUUUACAAAUCUCGCUGACAAACGAAUCGCCGCGUUUUUCUCCGUGCUUCCCAGCAACGGUUCCCUUAUCACUCUACGGCAGAUCGACCGGGAAGAGAUCUGUUCACAACAGUCUAAGACACAGCAGCCGCCAACAGUAGAUGAAUCCGGCAUAUUCUAUAGCCCCUACCAGGAGAAUGCUCCCUUCUGUGAGGUUGGUUUCAUCGUGCACGUCUCAGUUGAAGCAGACGAGACAGGAGCCGGUGCUGAGAGUUAUCUUGAGACAGUAUCCCUCGAUAACGAGUCGCCUGUAUUUGCUCUCAUGUCCGACGAGAACGAGGAGGUGGAUGGGGAGAGAGCUAACAAAGUGCCAAGGAUCUUGCAGGUGAGUGCACUGGACUACGAGCGGCUUCGAACCUUAUAUUACUGCCUCACGGCCUUUGACGGGGGUGGGCAAGAGGGUUCCCUCCUGAUCAUAAUUGAGGUCCAGGAUGCAAACGACAAUGCGCCAGCUUGGGUCGGACUACCAUACCGAGUUAGCCUCACAGAGUGUGGCGAGGAACGCCAUCAAACUCCACCAGCCUUCUGGAAGGCCGAUCUGGAGGCGCGCAAUUAUGCAAGGAGCCAGGGCUACGAAUAUGAGGCGCCACUGCGUUUUGUCACACAGCUGCUAGCUGUGGACGCCGACAGCGAUGUCUACGGACAGGUGCGCUACCGCACUCCUGAACAGACCACGCGAAAGUCAUCUAACAAGGGGAACGCUGUCAGUGUGGCUGCUUCAACAGCCUACAAGAGUAUCAUUCACGGGGAUAAAUUGUUCCUCAUUGGGCACCUGGACUACGAGACGGUCCCACGUAUCAACAUCCCUGUGGAAGCUGUUGAUGGCGGAGGACUUUCUAACUUUACCGAGGUGGAGGUUUCGAUAGAGGACUGCAACGAUAAUGUGCCCCAGAUCAGUAUUCAGUCGCUCAGCCCUGCACCAAUCGAAGUCGCCAACGAGAACGUAGGUCAAGCUUUGCUGUCAAACUCGUUGCAAAUACCAAGACAGGUGAACAUUUGGUUCCAUGAGGAGGAGAUGGCGGAAGUUAAGUUAGCCACAGUUACGGUGUCGGAUGCGGACUCUGAACAGAAUGCCAACAUCAACUGCGAUGUGGAGUGGAACAGUGUCAUUAGCGUCAAUCCCUUCAGGUUGGUUCCGCUCAAUGGGGCUCGGCUGCCCCCGGGCAGUGGCUAUAAGGUGCCCAAGGUGUACCUGCUUUCAAAGCGCAGAGGUGUUAAAAUAGACCGUGAGACGACUCCGCGGAUACAGGUGACCAUUGUCUGCACGGAUGGUGGCUACCCAGAAAUAAACGUUGCACGCAGUCUGGUGGAAAUCGGUAUACUUGACAUUAAUGACCACGCACCAGAAUUUCAGAAGCCCCCUUCUUCCUUAAUGGUGCAUAGUCAACAUGUACGGAAUGCAUAUUUCGCAGUGCCUGAAAAUGAACCGCAGGGAACCUUUGCUGGUGUAAUCCGCGCUACAGAUGCAGACUUCGGUAUGAAUGCAGCAGUCAGCUAUUCUCUGACCGCCUGCCCCGACGAAAAUGCCACCCUACCAUUCACCAUUGAGGCUAGGACUGGAAAAGUCUACACAACACAACCCUUGGACCGUGAACAACAGUCAACUUACUGCGCCAUGCUCACUGCCGUAGAUGCCGGUAUUCCACCCUUGAGCAAUUCGCAGAGAGUUACUCUCCUUGUUCUGGAUGUGAAUGAUUCGCCACCGGUCUUUGUUAAUAAUUACAAUGUCUCCGGAGCCAUUGUUUUUGAGGUUUCAGAGACCUUUGAGAACGAGCAGGUAUUAAAGAACUUCCUAGGCCAAAUAAAUGCCACCGAUGCAGACGAGGGAGAAAAUAGUUCCCUUGUAUUUAGCCUGAAGUCAUCUCAACCAUCAGUUGGCGCUGGGGGGCGUGCCAUCUUUCGUAUUACCCGAAAGGGUCAACUCUUAGUGAAUGGGGUUUUGGAUCGAGAGGCCACCGAAGAGUACGAAUUGGUAGUAGUGGCUACGGACAGUGCUCCACCACGGCAUCGUCUCUCUGCGGAAAUUACAGUUAAGGUGCGUGUCCUGGAUAUCAAUGACAACGCGCCCAUCUUUACGGAACCCUCCACGCCAGGCGAUCACCUCUCCGUCGUGGCUGUGGCCAAUGUGACUCUACAUACCGCCGUUAACAGUACCAUCUACCGAGCCUGUGCUCGUGACCCAGACAUCGGAAAUAACUCUCUGCUUAACUUUACUCUUCGUUGUGCCAAAUACCUGAAACCCUUUUUUAACGUCACCGAGGCCGUAAAGCAGGCAGAAGGAGAUGCAACCUGUGUGCAGAUUGUGCUGACGAAACCUCUUGUCCACCUCAUCUCCUCUACAUCUUCGACCACCUCAAGUGAGCUAGAUGCCAGCCAGGUGGAAGCCCUCAGCCGCCAGAUUAAAUUUCCCAUAGAACACCAACUUUACGUCAUUGUCAGUGACUCUGGCCAACGACAAUUCACAAAGACAGCACGUUUAAGGGUUAUUAUUCGUGGCAGCGAGAAAACGGAGACUGGCAAGGAUGACGGCAGUAUUAAACGAUCUGCCGCGGAGGCCAUACUCGGAUCACAUCGUUUAGACUCUGAGAAAGUCCAGAUCGGCGCAACGGGGUCGCUGUUGUCGCAACGUUAUCAACAACAACCUAUCAAAUAUCACCCAAGCGAGGACGGUUUAGCAAGUGAGCUCCCCGACAAAGCGGGAACAUCCUCCAAACUGGCAGAUGCAUCCUCCUUCUCCUCGUCCUCCUCGUCUUCCUCCUCGAAGGAAAUUUCAGAAACGACACCAGGCAGUCAUACGAAAGCAAAACACCUAUUUGUCAUCGCGGUGGUCAUUUUUAUAAUGUUUAUCGGCGUCCUCGGUCUCCUGGCUUUUAUCCUGCUUCGGGACUUCUCCCAUAAACGUACGGCACGUGCUGGCGCUGUCGGUUCCAGCUGCGCGACCGAAAACACGAACUCCACAAAGGGCACUGAAGCGGGAUGUACAACCUAUCCAGACUUUCGGCCUAGUCCACUCACAUACCUUCCUGAAUUGGUCGACGGCAAGUUGAAUAUCUCACAUUUAUUCUUCUCUUUAUGCAAUAAGCGUUCUUCGAAUUCAAAUAGGAACUAG